CACCCCACCCCCCCGCCAGGCAAAGCAGAAAUCAGAUGCUCCGUGAUUAAUCGUGGAGGGUUCAGGACAUGACCACAAGCUCUGUGUGGACUUGAAAUUAGCUGCCUUUUCCCAGUCCCCUUGCCAAGAUGAGAGUGGGGGGUGGGACGUGAAGGGGUGGGGGCCCCGCCUGUUGGGGGCCAGCAUGGAAUUCUCCCUGGUAGAGCUCAGAGGGACACUGACGGGCAGUCGGCCCCAUCCAGAGCAGCGGUCGGCACCCGGGAGAAGCAGAGCUGGCCAGGGCCCCCAGUAGGGUUUCCUGGAGCCCUGGCCGCCUGCCCCCUGACACAGGCCAGAUAAGAGUCCCAGCUGCAUUAUCAGAGCCCGGCAGAACACCCGGUCCCUUGCCCCAGGAAGACGACGCAGGGGACAGUAGAAGCUCAGAGGCGACUGUCCGAGCAGGACCUGGUGCCCCGUGGCUGGUCUGGAUGGGCUUCUCCAAGCCUGAGCUGGAGUCCUGAGUUCUGUGGCAGAUGGAAGCAGACGCUUAUUUGCAGGCAGCGAUAGAGAAGGCAAGGCAGCUGAGAGGAGGACGGGCGUGACGCGGUCCGAGUGUCCCGACCUGCUCCAUGGUGACGGCCAUGUCGGUGAGGGUGCGGUUCCUGUCCCCUGGGGACGCAGGGGCCGUGGGGACUGUGGGUCGGAGCGCCUCCUUCGCAGGCUUCAGCAGUGCACACAGCCGGAGGAUUGCAAAAUCCAUCAACAGGAACUCUGUGAGGUCGCGAAUGCCGGCAAAACCUCCCAGGACGUACGGCACGCUGAGGAAGGGCCCUGUCUGCCUGGACCCCAAGCCCCAGCAGGUGAAGAAGAUCUUUGAAGCGCUGAGGAGGGGCCUCAAGGAGUACCUAUGUGUCCAGCAGGCGGAGCUGGAUUACCUGUCUGGACGCCACAAGGACACCCGGAGGAACUCCAGGCUGGCUUUCUAUUAUGACCUGGACAAGCAAACGCGCUCUGUGGAGAGGCACAUUCGGAAGAUGGAGUUUCACAUCAGUAAGGUGGACGAGCUCUAUGAGGACUACUGCAUCCAGUGCCGCCUGCGCGACGGCGCCUCCAACAUGCAGCAGGCCUUCUCCAGGUGCCCGCCGAGCCGCGCCUCCAGGGAGAGCCUGCAGGAACUGGGCCGCAGCCUGCACGAGUGCACCGAGGACAUGUGGCUCAUCGAGGGGGCCCUGGAGGUUCACCUGGGCGAGUUCCACGUCAGGAUGAAAGGCUUGGUGGGCUAUGCGCGGCUCUGCCCUGGAGACCAGUAUGAGGUGCUCAUGCGCUUGGGCCGCCAGCGCUGGAAGCUGAAGGGCCGGAUCGAGUCAGAUGACAGCCAGACCUGGGACGAGGAGGAGAAGGCCUUCGUCCCUGCCCUGCACGAGAACUUCGAGAUCAAGGUGACAGAGCUGCGGGGCCUGAGCUCGCUGGCCGUGGGUGCAGUGACAUGUGACAUCACUGACUUCUUCACGACUCGGCCCCAGGUCAUCAUGGUGGACAUUACAGAGCUGGGUACCAUCAAGCUACAGCUGGAGGUGCUAUGGAACCCGUUUGAUGCUGAGAGCUUCCUGUUGUCACCCAGCCCCACAGGCAAGUUGUCUGUGGGCGGCAGGAAGGGCUCCUUGUACAGCUGGACGCCCCCGAGCACGCCCAGCUUCAGGGAGAGGUACUACCUGUCUGUCCUGCAGCAGCCACCACAGCAGGCCUUGCUGUUGGCCAGGUCGAGGGCCACCUCCAUCCUCAGCUACCUGUCUGACAGCGACCUGCAGGGCCCUGGCCUGCACAGCCGGAGCCAGGAGCUGCCAGAGAUGGACUCCUUCAGCUCCGAGGACCCCCGAGACACUGAGACCAGCACAUCAGCUUCCACGUCAGAUGUGGGGUUCCUGCCCUUGGCGCUGGGCCCUAAUACCUCCAUUGAAGAGGAGGCCCGUGAGGACCCCCCUUGUCCGGGCCUUCUGCCAGAGAUGGCCCAGCUGGCAGAAGGCUCGUUUGUGGAGCGGCCUGGCUGGAGGGACCUGGGUGUGGAGAGCUCCGACCUGUCACGGGGCUCCCCAUUGUACAGCCGCAUGAUCCCGGGUAGCCAGGAAGGCCAGGAUGAAGGAGAAACCAGGGAUGGAGUGGAUGGGCCAGGCAUGGCCCCUGAGCAGCCCCUGCAGGAGGUUCUGGAGUUACUGAGGUCCACAGCCCCUACCCAGCCCCCGCUCCGGGAGUUGGAAUACCAGGUCCUCGGCUUCAGGGACCGCCUGAAGCCCCGCAGUGCCCGCCGCGAGCACGCCUCAGCCGAGAGCUUGAUGGAGUGCAUCCUGGAGAGCUUCGCCUUCCUCCAUGCCGACUUUGCCCCGGACGAGCUGUCCCUGUUUGGGGGCUCCCAGGGUCCCCGAAAGGACAGGACCCCACCCCCACUGCCAUCCCUGAAGGCAUCCUCCAGGGAGCUCACGGCUGGCGCCCCGGAGCUGGAUGUGCUACUCACGGCUCACCUCCAAGUCUGCAAAGCCCUGCUGCAGAAACUGGCCUCCCCUAAUUUGUCGAGAAUGGUCCAGGAGUGCCUCCUAGAAGAAGCGGCAGAGCAAAAGCAGGUUCUGGAAACGCUUUCUGUGCUCGAUUUUGAGAAGGUCAGCAAGGCGACAUCCAUUGAUGAGAUCAUUCCACAGGCCUCCCGGAGGAAGGGAUGUCUGAAGCUGUGGAGAGGGUGCACGGGACUCGGCGGGGUCCUGUCCUGCCCCGCGACAGCGCUGCUGAACCAGCUCAAGAAAACAUUCCUGCACAGGGUCCGAGGGAAAUACCCAGGACAACUGGAGAUAGUGUGCCGCAGGCUGCUGGACCAGGUACUGAGCUGUGGUGGGCUGCUCCCCGGAGCCGGGCCCCCAGAGGAGCAGACUGUCACCUGGUUCCAGUUCCACAGCUACCUGCAGAGGCAGAGCGUCUCCGACCUGGAGAAGCACUUCGCCCAGCUCACCAAGGAAGUGACGCUUAUAGCAGAGUUGCAGUGCACGGCCCAGGCCAGGGUGGUCAAGAAGCUGCAGGGGAAGCGGCUGGGCCAGCUCCAGCCCCUGCCCCAGACCUUACACGCCUGGGCCCUGCUCCAGCUGGAAGGGUCCCCACGCGUGUGCAGGGCAGCCAGCUCACGCCUGGCCAGCGCAGCCAGGAACAAAAGCUUCCGAGAAAAGGCACUGCUCUUCUACACCAACGCCCUGACCGAGACUGACCCAAAACUCCAGCAGGCUGCCUGUGUGGCGCUCAAACACCUCAGGGGCAUUGAAAGCAUCGACCAGAUCGCCAGCCUAUGCCAGUCGGACCUGGAGGCGGUACGGGCGGCAGCUCGGGAGGCCACACUGUCGUUUGGUGAAAAAGGGCGCUUAGCUUUUGAGAAGAUGGACAGAAUUAGCUCCCCCAAAAAAGAAGCCUUUUGCCAGGAGGCAGACGUUGAAAUCACGGUAUUUUAAAAAGCCUCGGCUGAUGGACUGUCAUCUGGCCCCUUCUUGUGCUACUGCCUCGAUGCAGCGAUUAAGCACACUGUGUGAGCUGGCCAGAGCUGUCCCGAGACUCAGAGCCAGUCACAGAGGCCCAAGGCACAAGUGGGGCUCUUGUACAGAAGUAGAAAAUGACAACGAACAGCCCUUGGAAGGCUGCCCAAGUCCAACCAAACAUUUGUGUCUUUGGCUUUGGGAAUCUGUUUGACCUUCUCCAGGGAUGUGGAGCUGGGUCAGUACCAGCUGGCCACACCAGCAAAGGGCCAAGGCCAGGCAGGCUGAGGCCUUGAAUAAAAGGCUCAAUUCAAAUGCGUUGAAUUUGAGGCCUCCCUUCCCAUCACUGGCUCAGCACUUCUGGCUCAGUAAAUACCUUGGGAAUGGCACUUGGGACCGAGGAGGCAGGCUGGCCAACUGCUAAGGAAAGGACUCGAGUCACCUGAACAGCAACCAGCUGUCACCUCCAAGAGCUGGGGGAGGUGGCGGUUCACCACGCCAGGCUUUCCCAUCUUCAUUCUUACCCCAGCCGAGGCCCAAAUGCACAGCCCCUGAUCACAGGCCUUCUCACUGUUCAAUGGCAUAGGGGAAGGCAGGAGACACGUGGACCAAGGGCCUUGAGUGUCACUGUUGAGAAUGAACCAAAGUAAGUCCAAUUUUGAAACAAGUCAAUUUAGGGCCUGUUAUAGAAAUUGCUUCAGGAGCCAUAAGCUGCUUGAAGAAAGGUUUCACUGCUUUGCUAUUUAAGUCUAUUAAAGAAUCCCCAUGUUCUGCCACGUGUUACUAACGCGGAGACAACCUGAGGUUUCCCAUGUUCUGCCACGUGUUACUAACGCGGAGACAACCUGAGGUUUCCCACGUUCUGCCACGUGUUACUAACGCGGAGACAACCUGAGGUUUCCCAUGUUCUGCCACGUGUUACUAACGCGGAGACAACCUGAGGUUUCCCACGUUCUGCCACGUGUUACUAACGCGGAGACAACCUGAGGUUUGGAUGUUGCUGUCGACAGCGGCAUCUGGAGAGCUUCGUAACUUAAAAUGUCCUCAUUUAAACUUCCUGUACAUAUUUUGUGCUUUUGGGGUUUAAUUUAGUAUUUAUUUGCCUUGUUUAUGUGUCUAGUUUUCUGAAAUUUCAAUUAAAAAACUAUUG